AUGGGCAGCUUGGAUUCCCACUAUGAAGAAGAAAACAGCUUUUCCAACACUGCUAACCUUCUAAAUCCAAAAGAAUUUAGGAGGCAAGGUCAUAUGAUCAUAGAUUUCAUAGCUGAUUAUUACCAAAACAUGGAAAAAUACCCUGUUCUAAGCCAAGUCCAACCUGGUUACCUUGCCAAACUUUUACCAAAGUCCGCCCCUAAUAUUCCAGAACCUAUUGAAACAAUACUCCAUGAUAUACAACAAUACGUCAUUCCUGGCAUAGCUCACCGGCAAAGCCCCAACUACUUUGCGUACUUCCCUUCAAGUGGCAGCAUUCCUGGCUUUCUUGAAGAGGUGCUUAACACUGGCUUCAAUGUGGUGGGGUUCAAUUGGGUAUCAUCACCAGCCAUGACUGAGCUUGAAUUCUUAACCAUUGAUUGGCUUGGCCAGAUGCUUGGGCUUCCUCAAAGUUUCGUUUUCUCUGGAACUGGCGGUGGUGUUAUACAAGGGACUACAUGUGAGGCCAUCUUAUGCACACUAGUAGCUGCCAGAGAUCAAAUGUUAGCCAAAGUAGGGAGAGGGAACAUAGGAAGUUAG